AUGCCCAACUCACGCAUACACACGUCCAUCACAGAAGUAUCCAAGGCCAUUGACCGCAGUGUCGACGAAUCAAGCCUUCCAGUGGCCCAUCUCACCGAUGAGGACAACUACUUCACAACAAACCCUAAACCACCGUACCUCGAUGAGCUCUUGCGCGAAACUACAGAGUUCAUCAACUACCAGCGUGCCAAUGGGCGCGAAAACAUCGUUUUGGUCACCUCUGGAGGUACCACGGUGCCGCUAGAGAACAACACUGUGCGGUUCAUCGACAAUUUCUCGGCUGGUACUAGAGGUGCAUCAAGUGCAGAACAGUUCCUAUUCCAUGGAUACUCCGUCAUAUUCCUCCAUCGUGAGUUCUCAUUGACGCCUUUCAACAGACCCUUCAUUCACAACACAGAAACCAACUUCCUAGACUAUUUCGACGAGAAUGGACAGCUUUCCGAGCAGUAUCGGGACGUCAUUCUCGAGAAUAAAAGACACUACGACCGGUUCAUGUACCAGGAGAAACGUCUCCUAAUGUUGCCCUUCACGACGGUGAACCAGUACUUGUGGUCGCUGAAGACAAUUGCCACGCUCAUGAACGAUAACGGGUGUUUGUUCUACCUUGCUGCAGCUGUUUCGGACUUUUUCGUGCCAUAUUCAAGGCUACCGCAGCACAAGAUCCAGUCCCAAGAGGCCAACCGGAAGCUGAAUGAGUCCUCGUCAGAUGGCCAGUGCAAUAGCUCUACUACGGUGGAGGGGAAACUAGUCGUGAACUUGGACCCGGUACCCAAGUUCUUGAGGCGAUUGGUGGAGUCGUGGGCGACACAGGCAAUGAUCAUCUCGUUCAAGCUCGAAACGGACGACAAAAUCCUAAUCCACAAGGCUCGUCAAGCGUUGGACCGGUACAACCACCAGCUCGUCAUUGGGAAUCUUUUACAAACGAGAAACAAAGAGGUGGUAUUUGUGUCUGAAAACAACAGGGAUGGCGACUGGAUCCGCACGGGAGGCGGUGCUAAUAGUAAUAUCGAAGAGCUCAUUGUGCAAGAAGUUGUGAAAAGGCACGAUGCCUGGCGCAAGGACGCCAGGAAAACUGGCUAA